UCUCUGCCAUUAUGGCUCGCCGGUCCCAGAGUUCGUCACAGGGGGACAAUCCCCUGGACCCCAACUACCUUCCCCCCCACUACAAGGAAUAUUACCGCCUGGCAUUGGACAAGCUGGCUGAGGAUGGUGAGGAGAGCUACCGUCAGUUCCUGGCUGAAGAAGGAGCCCCAGACUUCCUCUGCAGCUCAGAGGUGGAGCAUAUCACCCGGCACCUGCAGAAGCCACAAUACGCCAGCCAGGAGGGUGGCGGCAGCACAGACUCUGGCCCGGGCGACAUGGACGCAGACGGCUCUUCUGGGACUUACUGGCCUAUGAAUUCUGACCUUGCUGUCCCUGAGCUGGAUCUUGGCUGGCCAAUGGUCUUUGGUUUUAGGGGGACUGAGGUGACAACCCUGGUGCAGCCUCCACCACCAGACAAUCCCAGCAUCAAGGAGGAGGCUCGCAGGAUGAUUCGAGCUGCACAGCAGGUUGUUGCCAUAGUGAUGGACGUUUUCACAGAUGUGGACCUGCUGAGUGAGGUGCUGGAUGCAGCCGCACGCAGAGUGCCCGUCUACAUCCUGCUGGAUGAGAUGAAUGCCCAACUCUUCCUGGACAUGGCUGCCAAGUGCAGAGUGAACCUGAACUAUGUGGAAUUCCUGCGGGUGCGAACGGUGUCUGGCCCCACCUAUUACUGCCGCACGGGGAUGUCGUUCAAGGGGCAUGUGAAGGAGAAGUUCCUGCUGGUGGACUGCAUGGUAGUGCUGAGUGGCAGCUACAGCUUCAUGUGGUCAUUUGAGAAGAUCCACCGGAGCAUUGCCCAUAUCUUCCAGGGAGAGUUGGUGGCCAGCUUUGAUGAGGAAUUCCGCAUUCUGUUUGCACAGUCGGACCCUUUGGUUCCUCCCGCCAAUGUCUUGAUGAAGACAGAGAGCCUCAUGGCGCCCUUUGGCUUGGCACCUUUUGGCAACAACAUGACCUUGUUCCCAAAGAAACCCCACCUGCUGUUCCCUCGAGAAGACAGCCUUUUCUCACCAUUUAUGGACAGAGUCGAUCCAGACCGGUACUUCUUGUCCUCUUUCAGAAGAGACGACUUGCUGCGUCACACCUUGGAGGGUUCAGGCAUGAGAAUGUAUUCCAAAAAGAUGGAAAUGGAAAAUGCCCAAAUGGAUCCUGUCCGGGGCUUUCUCCGUUCCAAGCAGUUGGAGUUGGAUUCAUUUAAAAGGCAUAGCUUUGCAGAGGGAACCUUUGAGAACUUUUCUGCUUCUAAACAGUAUUCCAGGCAGAUGUUCAUGAAUAAUUUGGAUGACUUUAAAAUCCAGUCAAGCCACUUUCAGAAGGACCAGUUCUAUCAGUACCAAUUUGAACACCCACAUGGUGCAAACAGGCCUCAGGGACUCUUUGAAAGAAUCCGAGGUGGCAGACCAGGGUUUGGUGAAUUAGAGGACUACACAGAUGCCUCAAGGUACCCAGAACUGGAAUCCAACUUUCCCCAGGAGAACUUCCCAAUGCGCCUGGAUUAUGUGCCUUCUAAUUCUUCCAAAGAAGUGAGACAUGGCUCUGACCAAGUGAACCCUGCAGGAAAUGGCCUUCUAGGGCUACCACCUCUAAAACGGCAAAACAUGGGGCAGAAGUUCAUGUGCCAGACAUCCCCUACACAGAAGCAGAGCCUGGAACAAAGGCUGUUUCUGCAUGACCAAGAUCAGGACGCUGAUCAGGACAAGAAAUCACAAGAGAACAGAGCAGGUUUACGGAACUGGAGAAUAUCCUCGUACCUGAGUGGGUACCAGUCUGAAUCGGGAGAAGAAGGACUCCCGGUGCCCAUGGAGACGGAGCCCUUCAGCGAGGCGCUUGGCCUUGCAGAGCCUCUCUCCAGGUACCCCAGUGACCUCCUCAUCCCCUCCUUCAAACCCUCACUUCCACUCUCCAGUGCCAAGGAAAUGGCUGCUGGGGCUGACAGAGCAGGCGAGGAGUCCUCUGUCCUGAAGCAGGAGCCGUUCAGGAGCAGGAUAAAUCCAUUGAUCCAGAGGAGCUCACGGCUCAGAUCCUCCCUUAUUUUCAGCGCUGCCAAACUAGACCAACAGAACGCCUCAGCUGAGAAAGUUCAGAUGAUCCAGAAAGAGCAGACAUCCACGGAGGUGACAAAAGAUAAUGAAACAAUCAAGACUUCCAGUGCCUCUAAAGUAGCUGAGCUGCUAGAGAAGUACAGGACUGCAGGCAAAGACUCUGAGAGUACCACAGUCAGUCACACUAAGGCCAUGUCCGCAUUUCUCCAGGAAGAAUCCCAGAAUGCAGAGAAGAAAUGUACCAAAUCAGUGCAGUAUAAGAUUUUGGAGAGCAGGGUGCUGGACUCAAAAGAAUCCUUGAGUUACAAGCUGCACGCAGAGUCAGAUGCACUGUGUGGAGUGUCCCCUGAAGCUAGCCAGCUCACGGAUGCCCUAAACAAGGAUACCAUAGCACAGAUUAGCAGUAAAAUGGACAAGUUAUCGUCUCGAUUUUAUCCUGUAGACAACAAACUCAGUCUUCCAGAGAAGGAGAGCCUUAUCUUUGUGGGAGAAACACAGAAACUUAAUCUUCCAGAAAGGAAAGAGAAACCAUCACUCAAAGGCGAGGCACAGAAUCCAGCCGGUACAGAAGUGACAAAACCAGCAGAAGCCCAGCCCAGUGCAACAUCCACACUUGAGGGCUUCCCAAAGAGCCAGGACUCCGACAGCUCAGCCGGCAAGCCAGAGGACGAGUGUUGCAAGCAAGAGCAGAGCCCAAGAGAGUUUUUCAGGAGAGGGUCCCUGAGGCUAAAGCAGUUGUUAAACCCCAAAGGUGAGAAGAAGUCAGAAGAAGAAACUGUCGCUGAGAGCUGGAAGCCAGACAAGCAAAGUGUGGGCCUCAAGCGAUCCUCCAAGGGUGAUCUGCAAGAAAUCGUAGAGGAGGAGAAAUCUCCAAAGCUGACUCCACCACCUGUCUUCAAAGGGAAUCCACCUCGGUUUCCGUCAUCUACUGCCAACGUUCUCUACAGCAGUAACCUCCGUGAUGACACAAAGGUGAUUCUGGAGCAAAUUUCUGCCAACAGUCAGAAGAACCGAGCAGAGCUGGCCAGACAGCUUCCGAUCGCUGGCAACCCUGAGCUGUCCAGGUCCACAACCAGUCUGGACAACAGAGUUGAAGAGAAAAGCACAGGGAUCAGCCGGUCAGAAAGCUUCGGCAGUCAUAGGAGGAACCUUCAGAGAGAACCUUCGGAGGACAGAGAUUCCCUUCUGAAAAGGAUGGAGAGCAUGAGGAAAGAGAAGCGAGUCUACAGCCGAUUUGAGGUCUUCUGCAAGAAGGACGAACAAGGGGAAGGGGAAUGUGACAUCGAUGCCAAAGACAAGAAGAUGGGGAAGUUCAUGCCCAAGCUUCUGGGCACGUUCAAAGCCAAAAAAUGACUCCAGCCGUUGUUGCCUGUUUCCACCUUCCUGCUCCAAAGAUACACUGCCUGGGAACAUAAUGCUGCUGCUGGUGGUGGUGGUGGUGGUGGUGGUCUCUGUUGACCAGACAGCUGUAUUUACCCACCCACCCUCGUGCUGGACAGGUCUGGGUGGCAGAGGAAAUGCUGGACAUUUUGAAGGUGGCCUAAAGGUCAUUCUGUGCAGUAGGAUACAUGGCCUCCAAAACACCCCCAGAACUUCAGCUAGCUUGGGAAACCCCCACAAAAGGGCUCCCCCACAAAAAAAGAGUCCAUAAAAAGGAGUCCCAUAAGCAACUUUCUCUGGCAACAGGUAAAAAUUAACUCCCAGCUAAUCUGCCAGGCCUGUGAGCUUCACGGACCCGUUCUUAGACACAGACGCAGCCCGCCCGGUCUCAGGGGACUGUUGUGACUUAGGCUGACUCUGGAAGAGUGUCUCUGACUCUGCUCCUCAGAGGAAGAGCCACGUCUUGCACUUAGCUGCAGCAGAGGCCUCCUUGACUGGCACUGACUCACCCCGCAAACUUUAAUAAUGCUCUUUUUCAUCGGGCAUGUUUCUCGCUUUGUGGGCGGGCAGGGCUGUGGGGUGAGGGGCCUGCCUGUGGGGAGCAGAAUUCAGGGCUGAGCGUGUCCUUGGCGGACAGUGGCCACGUGGCAAUGUAGUGUCUGGUAGACCUGGGCAGGCGUGGCUCCCUUGAAGUCCUGGAGGGAAGGUCAUUUGAACAGGAGAAGAGCCUGGCUCUCACCGUGUGGAGUGGGCAGGAUUGUGCGGGGAGGGACAGCAGGUCGGGGCUUUGCUGGGGGUGGGGCAGCCAUAUGGAAGCCAGAGGAGCCCUUCAUUCUAGCCUCGAGGGGCCAGCCCACGUCUGGCUCUGCCAGCUCUCACGCGGCACAUAGAGGGACUCACAUGCGGCUGCUCUUGGCAGGCACUCCACAGAGGCUGGGGAGCAGCAGCAUCCGAUGCUGCUCCUUCUCCCUCAGGAAAAAAAAAAACGAAAAGCAAAACAGGCUGGGGGGGGGGAGCAAAAGAGGAAACAGUGUAGAGAACGGCCCCUGCCAUCCUGGGCUCAGGAGAGGCGUGGGGGUAAAAGGGUCUGCCCUUUGGUCCUCCUUGGAAGACCGUGGUGUGAGUGUGUGGGGGGGAGAGGGGGAGAGCCAGGCUUGGGAAAGCAAAACCCCCCCCGACUGCCAGUGAUCUUUACAGAGGAACUCUCCAGCCCCACUUGUGGUGAGACCCGUGGCCCCGUGAAUGAGGCCAGUGACAGUGGCAGCAGCCCCACUUGGGGGCAAGGGUGGCGGGUGGGGCUGGGGAAGGAUCCAUCCAUUCACUCUCCAUCCAUUCCCCCCCCUGCACAAGUGUGAAGAUAUAAAUUAUAUACGUGUGUGUGUGUGUGUGUGUGUGUGUGUGCAGUGU